GAUCUCUUCAACAGUAUGAUUAACAGUGUGUUAACCUCUUUAAAAAAAUAACAACUCUGUAAUACAAAUUUGUACAUAAAUAUAAUAUAUUGUGAUAAGUUACAAUUGUAGUGAUUAAUUACUUCGUAUUAAUUACUCCGCAAAAUAACGAAAAACUCUCGCCGGUUAAUCAUAACCUCAAAAGAUGUCCGACGACGAGGAUUUAGUUUACGUGAAGAAACAGAAAACUGUGCACUAUGGCUCGCUGGAGGAAGCAGAACGUACUCGGCUUGCAGCUGCUGUUGAAGUUACAGAUGGUGAGAAGGAUGUCACGACUACGGAUGAUAUCACCAAUGCUUCCAUCUCAGCUGGGAAUGUACACAUUUCAAAUGAGUAUAUGGAGCUGGAGGAGGAGAUGUCCAAGGAUCGCCAAGCAUUGCUGGAGGAAUUUGAACGUAGAAAGAAAGCUAGACAAAUCAAUGUUUCCACGGAUGACUCAGAAGUGAAGAAACACUUGAGGCAAUUGGGCGAACCUAUCUGCCUGUUUGGAGAAGGUCCUGCAGAUAGAAGAACAAGACUGAGAGAAUUGUUAGCCAGUGUUGGUGAGGAUGCUAUUAAAAAGAAGCAUGAAGAGGAAGAGAAACCGUCUCACAUAAUUGAAAGAGACACAGAGAACACGUGGUAUCAUGAGGGCCCAGAUUCUUUACAAAUUGCCCGAUCAUGGAUAGCCUCAUAUUCAUUGCCCAGAGCAAAAGCACGGCUGGAAAGGGCACGACUGGAUCUCGAAUUGCCAGCUGCGACUCGCACAGCGAGAAGACAAGAACUUCUGAAGAAGUUGCAAGCAUUGAGCAUCUAUUGCUCUCAAAUCGGCGACACGAGGCCCAUUUCCUUUUGCCAAUUCAGCCCGAAUUCACAGAUUCUCGUUACGGCUUCGUGGUCAGGCUUGUGCAAGUUAUGGUCUGUACCCGACUGUACUUUGUUGCGCACUUUAAAAGGACACGCUUGUAAUGUUGGCUGUAUUGUUUUUCACCCAAAAGCUACGAUAACCGAAGAUGUGAUAGGUGAGAACGCGGGCCAGACUUGCGUGUUGGCGUCUUGCGCGACUGACGGUACAGUGAAACUGUGGAGCGGUGGCAAUGGCGAAGAGCCGCUGGCAGAAGUGGAGGGACAUGAGCCUAACCGAGUAUCCAGGAUAGCUUUUCAUCCGUCUGGACGAUUUCUCGGUACGUGUUGCCACGAUUCGUCCUGGAGAUUGUGGGACUUGGAGCAACAGGCGGAAGUGCUUCACCAAGAGGGCCAUGCGCGACCUGUACAUUGCAUCAGUUUUCAGUGCGACGGGAGCGUUUGCGCUACAGGCGGUCACGAUUCAUUCGGUCGGGUUUGGGACUUACGUACCGGCAGGUGCAUCAUGUUCAUGGAAGGUCACUUGAGGUCCAUCUUCGGUAUCGAUUUCUCGCCGAACGGCUUCCACAUUGCCACCGCGAGCGAAGAUAACACUUGCAAGAUAUGGGAUUUGCGGAAGCGCACCUGCAUAUACACGAUACCGGCGCAUACAAAUUUGUUGUCGGACGUGAAGUACCAGAGAACAGAGGGGCAAUAUUUGGUGACCGCGUCGUACGAUAAUACCGCCAAGAUUUGGUCCAACAAGACUUGGCAGCCGCUCAAGAUGUUGCCGGGACACGACGGUAAGGUCAUGUCCGUCGACGUGUCGCCUGAUCACAAGUUCAUCGCGACCAGCUCGUACGACAGAACGUUUAAACUAUGGGCACCGGAAUGAAAUGUGCAAUGUACGCAGAAUUCUUGGCAGAAGCCUGACACGUGUUCACGACAGGUGAAAAAUACACAUAUGUAAUAUAAUACUCGUGCGAAGUAUAAUAAUAGAAAAGAAACAAGAGUCCGCUUCGCCGGUCCUGUGUAAGUUAUAAUAAACAAUUUUCCACGCGCGAAGCAUAAACUUGAUACUGCAAUAAUCCUCAUUGCGAUCGCACGUGCAUCUUUGUAUCAUAUGGUCAGAAUAAAAGAAGAACACUUUCAACAACGCGUAUUGAUAUAAAUAGCGACAUUGCGAUGUUAUAACGUGUGAGGUAACAUGUGUUACAUGCGGCAGUUCUUCACUUUCAAGUAUAUAGCGCGCUCGAUUGCAGCCGCCCGAUCAGCUGGAGCGUGUGCGAUUAAAACUCGUGCUGUUGUAAUGUGUGUGUCGAAAAUACGUCUUCCGUGAAAUAGGUCUUAUAAUCGCACGUAAACUUUCGACGUUAUUUAUAACUAGGGCAACUGGCCGUUCAAUAGGCGCACCGCGCUGUUGUGCCGACGUUUCCUAUCGUUCUCGACAAAGCGAACAAGCAUACGCGCGCUUCACUGUUAGAUCCGAACUCUCGUCGCUCGGGGUUUGCUGAGUACGUUUGAAGACGCGGGCGACCUCGGAAACGAGAGGAUUCUCUCU